AUGGGCAAGGAUAAGAGCAAAAAGAGGCGUCGAAGUGAGGAUUCAGGCAGCGACGACAGCAGCAGUAACGACAGCAGCAGCGACAGCGAGCGGGAAGAUGUCCGCCACGACAAGAAGGAGACGAAGAAACACAAGAAGUCCAAGGACCGCGAGAAAGAUCCUAAGCGAGACAAAGACUCCAAGUCAAAACGCAACUCCAAGUCGAAAUCCAAGGAAAAGUCAAAAGACAAGGAUAAGGACGAGCUUGUACGGCAGGCCCGGGCCUUCCUGGAGCAGCAGCUCUCCGCUCCAGGGGGGAGUGCAGGUCCCGCGUCGGGACCCACACCGCUGGCCUGCGGAGUGGGCGCCCCCGCCGGGUCGGGACCCCUGCCGCCGGUACAGGUUCGUGGGGUUGUGCAGCACAUCGGUGAUGAGGACUACUUCCGGCGUCAUGCGGAGUUCAGCGCCUUCCUGGCAGAGGAGCGGAGGACCCAGUUCAAUGAACUGAGUUCGGAACGGAGUCGGGAGCUCUUUUCGGAAUUUGUACAAAUCUGGAACGAGGGCCGCCUGGCGCCCAGGUACUACGCGGGCCUGGUUGCGGCCCCCAAGCGGCGAACAGAGUACCGCUGGAACUUCGCCGGGGCGGGUGGUGGGGCGGCCGCCAGGGGCUCAGCAGCGGCCGGAGGGCUCGGCAGGGGCGGGGGCGAUGGCGGGGCCGCAACUGGCAUGGCGGCGUUCAUGGAGGACCAGCGAGCUCAGCAAGCCGGUGCCCGUCAUGAGUCCCGGCGUCAUGAUCGUGCUAAGGCCCGGGAGCUUCUGGAGGAGGUGGCGCCCAGGGAGACGGGCCGAGAUAAAGUGUUGGCGGAGCGGGCUGCUCGGCGGGAGUUGGCACGCAGUCGUGACGAUGACGGUCCCGGGGGCUUCAUCCCCGGGGCUGGGAGGGGAGGGGAGGACGAGCUGAUGGGGGGCGGCGACAGCUUUGAGGCAGCCAAAGCCAGAGAGGCCCGCCGUGCUGAGUCAGCUCGUCAGCGGGGCCUGGCUCGAGUGGAGGAGGUGUCCCAGCGCGCCGCUGCCUUCGCGGCCAAAGAGGAGGAGAAGCUGGCGGGGCUGAGGGCGCUGCUGGCUAAGGGACCUAUCACCAUUGCCAAGAGGCCCGCGUAA